GUCCAUCUGCUUGCUGGAAUUGGAGCUGUGACGCUUGUCAGCUUCCUGAAAGAGACACCAAAAUAUCUACUGAUAACAAGGGGCAAUCAUCAGGGUGCGCUUGCAUCGUUGCAGUUUUACCGAGGCAAGGAUGAAGCAAAUGAAGCAGUGAUCGAGAAUAUACAAAAAGAGGCUCAAGCGGGCUACGAGGCACCAUUUUUGAAGUCGAUUCCGAUUGUGAUUCGAACACCUCACUUGAGACAAGCAUACUUCGUUGGGUUCUGCGCUUUACAAAUCGGAUCGUUUGUGUUCAUUGCGUGUAAUUUCAUCGCAAGUAUAUUCGGUGCAUUAGCCGUGGACCGAUUUGGACGACGACCGUUACUGCUAUCAUUCGCUCUGUGCAAUACGUUAUCGUUGUGUGCGUAUUGUGUUUUCGAUCGAAUCGCGUUCUAUGUUGACGAGCAAUUCAAGUACGGAUGUAUUGCGUCGUUGAUCGCUUAUGGCAUCACUUUCGGGAUUAGUAUUAUGGGUAGCCGAGAUUGA